AUGACUUACUAUCUCGCUGGCUAGGCCAAUGGCAUGUUCGCAUACUAACAGGAAAACGUUUGGACUGGAGGCAACCCAACCUUUGCAUUAUUGGCUGGCCAAGAUAACAUUAGCUCACUCGCAUACAUCCAACCAUAUCUCCAUAGAUACACUGUUUGUAGGAGGAGGAGAAGAAGAAGAAGAAGAAGAAGACGAGGAAGAUGGAGGAAAUGUGAACAAGCUUUAUGUUAAACAAUGAGCCAGUCAAGAUGGGGCAGACCCUGUGCAUAUGUUCCCGUGGCUCCAUCACCAUCGACAACAAGAAGUAUUACUUCAUCCAAAAACUAGAUGAGGGUGGGUUCAGUUAUGUUGAUCUGGUAGAGGGGGCAAAGGAUGGGCGAUCUUAUGCUCUGAAAAGGAUCCUGUGCCAUGACCGUGAAGGCCGCCAUGAGGCUCAGACGGAGAUUGAGAUGCAUCACAUGUUUAAUCACCCUAACGUCUUGAGCCUGGUUGCACACACCUUUGUCGACCGUGGAGGCAAGAGUGAAGCCUGGUUACUUCUCCCUUAUAUCAGUAAAGGCAGCCUGUGGUGUGUUUUGGAGAAGCUAAGAGACAAAGGCAGCUCAAUGCCCGAAAGACAGAUCUUGCAAAUUUUGCGUGGCAUCUGUUUGGGACUCAAGGCUAUUCAUGAAAAAGGCUAUGCACACAGAGAUCUGAAGCCCACAAAUGUGCUUCUGGAUGAAGAUGACAGGCCAUAUCUGAUGGACCUGGGCUCUAUGAACCAUGCCAGGAUUGAGGUCAGAGGCAGCAGGGAAGCCAUGACCAUACAGGACUGGGCAGCCCAGCGCUGCACCAUUUCCUACAGGGCUCCUGAGCUCUUCAAUGUCGAGAGUCACUGCAUUAUAGACGAGCGCACUGACAUCUGGUCACUUGGCUGUGUGCUUUACUGCAUGAUGAUGUUGGAGGGACCGUUCGACCUCAUAUUUCAGAAGGGGGAUAGUGUUGCCCUCGCUGUCCAGAAUCCAGUGACCAUUCCACCGUCCUGCAGUUACUCCGAGGGCCUGCAGAUGCUGCUGAGCUCCAUCAUGGUGUCAAACCCACAGGAGAGACCAAACAUCAGCUGGGUCCUUGACCAGGUACAGGACCUUCAGAGUCGCAGCCCCAACACCUAGACCAACAUGGUUUGAUGCUGCACACAGGGCGCUCUCGGUUUGAGCUCAUGGAGACAUUUGCACACAUAAAUGAAUGAAAUGAAUGCAUCUCAUUGAUUUUUAGGCUUGAAAAUAUUCAUUUUUAUUUAUGGACUUUUUUUCUUGGCCUCAGCAUCAGCUUUUUUUGAAUGUUCAGAUCCAGCCUCCACAUCCCAGUGGACUCUUGUUAUCCCCAUAGGCGAUCCAAAUGUCCAUCUAAAAGGCCUUAAAUAUAGUUUAACCCUGUUGUGUGAUGGAGGCAAGGCUUGCUUCUAAUAAUGAGUUUACCCCUGUGUUGUUAAAGGGACAGAUCGACAUUUAGAAAAAUAUUCACAUUCUUUGACGGUCAUGUGAGAACAGAUACUCUCAUGUCUGUUUAUUCAACGUGACUCUGGAGCCAGCAGCCAGUUACCCUAACUUAUUACAGCGUAGCAAUAAAGGCUGGAAAGCAGGGGGAACAGCUAGCGUAGCUCUGUAGAAACCGUUAAAAAAGAUAAUAAAACGUUUUUAGAAUGGAUAAUUCGAGCCUUGCUUUCGAGUCUCUAUGCCAAGCUAAGCUAACAGGCUGCCAGCUGAAUUUCUAUUUUAUUAUGACAGUAAAGAAGGAAAUGCAUGAUUGUCGAAAAUUGUAGUUUUUUAACGUUUGAUUGGGUGAGGCUGCCUGAGUUAAAUAGAUAUAAGAUUAUAUUCUUCAUCUUUCAUCUCAAUUUCUGAGUUUUGUGUGUGUGUGUGUGUGUGUAACACUCAGAGUUUGUCUGUACUGAGGAAAAGUGAAAAGGCUAUGUCCUCCUCACCUGCAAUGCUGUAUUUGACCACACAGAGGUGCUAUAGCAUCACAGACCCCUGCUCCCUUAUAGACAUACAGAGUGACCAUAUAGGAAGGAGAAGGGGCCAGGUGUUACUAUUACACACCUAAACACACACAUGAUUUUAUGAAAUCUCUUAGUCAUUGUCAUUGCAGUUUAACCGUGUGUUGCUGCAUUUUUCACUGUAUUUUGUUUUUAAAAGUAUUUUCUAUUCCAGCUGUGCUCAUGUUUCAUUCUGUGUUUUUUUCCGCUCACAUGUAAACAUGAUCUGACUCUUUUGUUCUCAGGGUUCACCCACAUCCUCAUGGUACCAUUUUACAACUGCUAUUAAAUUAACUUAAACAUAGGGCAUUUCAGUUAAGAUUCAUGCUUAAAGGACUCUGUAAUGCAGUGAUAACGGUCCAUAAUAGAAUUGAAAAAAGGAACUUGUUUGGACUGUCACUUUUUUUAAAAUAAGUCAAAUUCAAAAAGAAUUUAAUUUAAGUAUUUAUAAUGUUUACCACUCAGAAGAGCAGGACGGAAUAGACACUCCCUGACAACAGGAGCAAGCGUCAACAGCUUUUAACUAAAAUGUCGUAACAUAACAUCACUUCUAUGUUAAAAUAUAGAAUUCUGGGGAUCGGGAUCGAGUGUGCCUAGAUGUGUUUACAUGGACACAAGUAAUUGGAAUAGAAUAUGUCUAGUGAACUAAUAGUGAACUGACAUGAAAGUCACAGAUGCAGAAGAAGAGGAAAAUUAAUCUUGUGCUUCUACGUCCGGAGAAUUCUGACUGAACACAUGUUUUGUGUCCAUGUAAACAAUGGAAUUGUAAAUUCCAAAUUGGAACAAAUGAAGAAAUUUUGCACACGUAAACACAGCUACUGUCAUAUAAUAUGGUCGGCAAACCCCACGCGUGUCCUCCCUGUGCUGGAUCCUAAUGCGUACUACUUCAAAUGAUCUAUGAGACUGCAGCAUGACUUUCAAACAGGUCAUUACAGCUGUAACGUAAACUUUAAUCCCAUGUUCGGAAUACAAAUACAGUAUGUUUGAAUAAAAAGUGACAGCCCUCGUACUUGUUGCGGUUAAUUGUCGAAAGGGUAAAUGUAUGGGUAAAUUAAAUAUAUGAUUUUUUUAAAAUAAUUUUAGACAUGUAUAUCAAAUGACUUAUGGUUCUGUCAAACUAAUAUCACUCACAUAUGACUCACAGAUAUAAGAGAGUGUUAUUUGAUUAUGAUUAUUAUGUUUAAUUUCUUAUUGCUGCUCAGUAAAGGACACAAAUAAUAA